UGUACAUCGUGAGCGUGUCUUGCCUGCUAGCUUCGGCUCGAAGCCGACUUUUUUAGCAAUCAGUGUACUUGCACAGCUGAGCCGCGUCAAACGUGUUUCAUUUCGGGCGUUCAGCGCGGUACCGUCUACGCACAGCGCAAAAAAGAUCGCGUCAAAUUUGCUUUAGUGUUACAAUACCCGGUUUGGUUUGGCUUUCGUUUGUGUCGGUUUGUUGGAAAAUCACACUACGUGUGUGCAAUUCUUACGACGGUCUUAAGCGUGUGUCGCAAACAAAGGAAAAUUAUACAAGUGAAGGAAAUGCAGUUCGUAUAAGUUAACCAGAACUUCACAUUUUACAAAAAAUCACAGCAACGAAAAUCUAAAAGCGGUAAAUUGCUUAACAAUUUCUGGUUUACAGCUCAAUUAUAAACUCAACCAUACUUGUGCAAUAAAUAAAUCGUAAGCCACCAAACCGCAAUGGAGGACGUUGUAAAAAGCGAAAAAUUCAAUGGACAUAAAAUGGAGAUUGCGCACCAUGAUCCCAAUGAAAUAGUCGAAGCUGUACCACUCUCAUGGAAAUUUUGGAAAAAACGUCGCUAUGUUGUCGUCUUCUUGGCAUUCCUCGGAUUCUUCAAUGUUUACUCGCUGCGUGUUAACCUUAGUGUGGCGAUUGUGGCAAUGACUGAGAAUCGCACAGUAAUCGAUGAUGCUGGCAAUAUCUCGUAUGAACAAGACUUUCCUUGGGAUUCGAAGCAGAGAGGUCUGAUAUUGAGUUCAUUCUUCUAUGGUUACAUAACAACACAGUUCAUUGGCGGUUUUAUUGGCGCCAAAAUUGGCGGCAACAUUGUAUUUGGCUUAGGUAUCGGUACCACGGCGCUAUUGACGCUGCUAACACCCUUGGCCGCUAAGCAUAGCUUGGAAAUGUUCCUUGCUGUGCGCAUCAUUGAAGGUGUUUUUGAGGGCGUCACCUUCCCCUGCAUACACGCUGUUUGGUCGCGUUGGUCACCACCGCUGGAACGUUCGCGCAUGGCCUCCAUUGCUUUUGCGGGCAAUUACGCCGGUACCGUUAUAGCUAUGCCUUCAUCGGGUCUCUUAGCCUCGGCUUACGGUUGGGAGAGUGUCUUCUAUGUAUUCGGUACAAUAGGAUUAGUAUGGUUCUGUAUAUGGAUGUUGGUGGUGCGUUCGAGUCCGGAUCGUGAUCGUUACUGCUCUGACGAUGAACGUGAAUAUAUACAAAAGAAAAUCGGUUAUUGCGGCAAUAAGCAAAUUAAACAUCCCUGGAAGGCGAUAUUCACCUCGAAACCAUUCUAUGCUAUUAUCGCUUCGCAUUUCUCUGAGAAUUGGGGUUUCUACACGCUGCUAACGCAACUGCCCACAUUUUUGAAAGACACACUCAACUUUAAUCUGGAUAAAACUGGUUUCGUUUCGGCUGUACCAUAUCUGGCCAUGGGUAUACUGCUCGGUGUCUCGGGCUACUUGGCUGAUUGGCUGCAGAUUAAGAAAAUUCUAACAACCACGCAAGUGCGUCGCUACUUCAAUUGUGCUGCCUUUCUCGCGCAGACAACUUUUAUGGUUCUUACUGCCUACCUCUUGGAUCCAACAUGGUCGGUUGUUUGCAUUACUAUAGCAGUGGGCUUAGGCGCCUUCGCGUGGUCGGGCUUCGCUGUUAACCACCUCGAUAUUGCACCACAACAUGCUAGCGUUUUGAUGGGCAUCGGUAACACAUUCGCCACCAUUCCCGGCAUUGUCAGCCCCAUGCUGACUGGCUACUUGGUCACGAAUAAAACGGCUGAGGAGUGGAAAGCGGUGUUCUUCAUUUCGGCCGGUAUCUAUCUCAUCGGUUGUAUCGUCUAUUGGUUCUGGGCUUCGGGUGAAUUGCAAGAGUGGGCAAAACCACCCGAACAAAAGGCGGCUGAGGCGGAGGAACGUCAGCGUGCUGUGUUGGCUAACAGCAAUGGCAAAGCAGGUUAUGUGAACGCUGCAGCUGAGUUGAAAGAGCAAUAAUUCAUAUUUAUAUACACAUGAGCAUGCAUAUAAACAUUACUACAUACAUAUUUACAUAUGUGUACAUACGGAAAAGUUGUGAUACAGAGUGUAAGAAGCAGCGAAGAGGCGAAUAUUGUGCAUAUCCAUAUAAAUUUCUCCUAUUGAUGUAAUAAUUAGUUAAGCGAAAACAGUUGUUUGUAGAUAUAUGCCUAAUUUAAGUAAAAUUGUUGAAUGAAUAAUAACAAUUUUAGCGACAUGGAAAAGUAAAUAUAAAAUAUAAAUAAAAUACCUAGUAUUCUUAAAGAAAAG